CGACGAUAGCCCGGUCCACGCACAGCCAUUCCACUCGCUGUGUCUCUCACUCUCGCGCACACACAGAUGUCGUCGCCGCCGCGGCGCCUCGCCGUGCUCCGCUCCCAUCUCCGUCCCGGCGUCCCCGCCGGCGAGGGCGACCGCCGCGACGUGAGCGCGGGGGUCUCGGCCUCCCCCUGCGCCGCCGGGAGUGGGAGUGGGGGUGGGGGAGGGGGCGAGGUCGCGGGCGGCCGCAAGGCGGAGGGGAAGGGCUGCGUGUUCUGCCGGAUCAUCCGCGGCGAGGCGCCGGCGUUCAAGGUCUAUGAAGAUGAUGUGUGCCUGUGCAUAUUGGAUUCUCAUCCAUUGGCACCUGGGCAUUCCUUGAUUAUUCCAAAAUGUCAUUUUCCGUCCCUGGAAGCAACACCGCCACCUGUAGUAGCAGCCAUGUGUUCCAAAGUGCCAUUCCUGAGUAAUGCAAUUAUGAAGGCUACUCAAUGUGAUUCAUUUAACAUGGUGGUCAAUAAUGGAGCAGCUGCAGGACAAGUUAUUUUCCAUGUGAGCAAUAACACAACAAUAGUUCAUCAAUAUUCUGCGUACUUACGGAACCCAUUUCCACAUAAUUCCUCGAAGAUCUGGCGACAAGUUGUGGCCUACAGAGUGGUAUUCUUCAUCAUGAUUUGUGAACCAAAAAUACAGAGCUUGAGAAGGCGAUCCAUCGAGCCAAAUGAAACUUCAGGCCUUGUUACCUGCAUCAAGGAGCAGCUCUAUCCUUCACCUGAAGGCUGUAACGACGAGCCACCGUAUUCACUGCCUAAGGAACGGUGACACCAAAGCUGAUCCAGUCCAGUACAUAAUGCACCUCGGUUGCAUAUUGCAAUCAAGAUGUCCCCCUUUGGGAGUGUGAGGUUCAGAGUUGGGAUGGUUAAUGGUAAUUAUCCUGGGCAUUGAUGUACUUGUUGUAAUUGUUUCUCAAGGUUGUGAAACUGUAUGUGGUGUAUAAAUCAAAUAAUAAGAAGACUAUGGGCCUGUUUCAGGAGCUUCUCUUA